GAAGAGAUAUAUAGAAAUCACCAUGGAAGUGGAAAUGGAAACACCAUAGAUCAAGCUGGUGGUUCUAAGCCAAGACUUUCCGGCGACAAUGCAAUAGAGAUUGGUGAUGGAAAGAGGCCACAAGAAGAGAAGCUCGAGCCAGACAAGGCCGACGAAGAAGUUGGGCUCCUCAGAGAUCAGGUAAUCGCCAUACUCGCGGCUGUACCAGAUGUUGAGGUCGACGAGAUAAUUCGGGUAGAGGUUUUGAGGGAGGCAACUCUGGGUGUCAAAGAGUGGAGCUACCACAACUAUGAGCAAGAAGAAGAAGAAGAGAAUUACGUCUAUGAGCUUGAUAUAUGGCGGUAG